AUGAUUACUUUAUCUAAAGAUUGUCAAUUAACCAGUGAAGACAAGAGUGACUUGGGAAUUUAUGCCCAAUGGCAGUUCGGAAAUACCAUUCCUUCCACGACCACCGAACUUUCAAAACUGGACGUCUUCCCAGUUAGAGACAUAAAGGAUCGUGGUGAGUACUUCACCAGACCUAGCGAUGCAACCGGGUUGGUGGUGCUGAGCUCAGAGAAGCUCACGGUCAUGGCUGCCUGGAGAAACAAAGAACACAAGGGCCCUUGGCAAGUGUAUGGGGAACAGGAGUCUCCAACCACGGCCUAUUACUUAGUUGGUGAUACCGAUGUUGUGUUUGUGGGAUGGGUUUGA